CUCGGAAUCUCCUCUGCUCUCCUUGUUCCGCUGACGAAGAUGUCUAUACGCUGCCCCACCGAGAUCCAAGCUGCUUGCAUACCCCCGUUGCUGGAAGGCGAGGACUGCAUAGGCAAUGCAAAGACAGGUUCAGGAAAGACCAUAGCCUUCGCCUUACCCAUUCUUCAGAAGCUGGCUGUCGAUCCAUAUGGUAUCUUUGCGCUGGUUCUGACGCCCACGCGUGAGCUGGCAUUCCAAAUAUCCGAGCAGUUUGCUGUUCUCGGUUCUUCGUUGAAUUUGAGGACAGCAGUGGUCGUGGGCGGCAUGGACAUGAUGGCACAGGCUCUUGAGCUCGGGAACAGGCCGCAUGUGGUUGUCGCCACGCCUGGUCGGAUAGUGGACCAUUUGAAAAGUAGCAGCGGGGAAUGGGAUCUCUCAAGGGUCAAGUUCCUAGUGCUUGACGAAGCCGACCGGCUGCUCACGCCGACAUUUGCUCCUGAGCUAUCGUAUCUAUUCGAGGUCCUACCUAAAGAGAGGCAAACAUGUCUAUUUACGGCAACUUUGACACCUGCCGUGGAGACUCUCGCUCAGGCGCCACCAAGACCUGGGAAGCAAAAGCCUUUCAUUCACAGGAUGACCGAGACUGUUGAGACAGUGGAGACACUGCAGCAACACUACCUCCUUGUCCCGUCCCAAGUCCGCGAAGCAUACCUAUACUACCUCCUCUGCAACCCGCCCGAAUCCACCCUCCACCUCCGACGUGCCCCUCCAGAGCCGACCAAGCCCGGCAAGAAACCCAAGCCCGCCCCCAAGUCCCAUUCCAAGAAACCCAAAACCAAGACCUCCGACGACCCAGAAGACAUCGAACAGCCGCCGCCGACGAUCAUCUUCUGCAAGCGCCCCCGCACGGCGGCGUACCUCACCCACCUGCUGCAGACGCUGCACAUCCGGAGCACGGCGCUGCAUUCGCGGCUGACGCAGCGCGAGAGGCUGAGCUCGCUGUCGCUGUUCCGCGCGAGCGUCGUGCCGGUGCUCGUGUCGACGGACGUGGGCGCGCGCGGGCUGGACAUCGAGGACGUCGCGCUGGUCGUCAACUGGGACGUGCCCGAUGAGCCGGAGGAGUACACGCAUCGUGUUGGGAGGACGGCGCGGAAGGGAAAAGGCGGUGUUGCGGUGAGCUUUGUGACGGAGUGGGACGAGGAGCGCGUGCUGCGUGUUGAGGAGCGGAUCAAGACGAAAUUGACCGAGGUGACGCUCAAGGAAGAGAAGGUGCUUGAGAAGCUCAACCUGGUCUCCACCGCAAAGCGUCUCGCGAACAUGGAAUUGCACGAUUCGGACUUUGGCAAGCGGGAAGAAAUCCACAAGAUCAAGAGCGCGAAGCGACGGGCGGACAUCGCGGAAGGGAGCUAACUAUCACUGUGUCUGGAUCAUCGAUGACUUGGAGUUGCAUCGCUGCUUUCCGCAGUUACUGACACAUUCUGUCACUUUACCAUUACCCACGCUUGGAAUGUAUGCAUAACGUUCUUCCCGAGUUAUCGUUCGUUCCCACUGCGAAUUACCAGACACGUCAGAAACGGAGUUGUUACCGUAUCGCUCUCGUGGGGGUUUGCAGUGAUGACACUAGCGCGUCCUGCGGAUCAGCGGCAAACGCAGGCAGACGCACGAUUUACAUGCUGACAUCUAUACGUAUUGCAUAUGCGGAAACCUACUAUAGGUACAUAAAAACAUGCAUGCAUACUUU